AUGAGGAGGAAUAAUAGUGCUGAAUUGGGUCCAAAGAUAGUGCAAAUUGAAACAAGAUAUGUGCAAACUGAUGCUGGUAACUUUAGAGAUGUUGUUCAAAGUCUUACCGGGAAGAAUUCCUCGACUGACUGGAUCGGUCGAGGAACAUAUGGUUCCGCCGCCGCCGCGGAGAUUAAAGGUGGAAAUAUUAAGGCUGAGGAAGUGGUUAUUGGUGCAUCUUCAACAACUUCAAAUAAGAUGAUGAUGAGCAAUAUGUCAUUCAAAGAGUUUGAAAGUUUAUUGUUUGAGUUGCCUGCCAUUCAAAUCGAUGAGAUGGUAUGGUCAUAG